AUGUACCUUGAUCUGUAUCUCGUACCAUGUGCCGUGAACUGGAGAGAGAGUGAGAGUUUCUUCUUAUACUUAAGUUCGCCUUCUUCGUCUUCUUCUUCCCGUCUCCACUUUGUGUCAAAAGCGAAAACAGAAAACCAAGGCCCGACGACAUCUUCCUCCUCCCCGGUCCAACUCCAACUCAGAAGCAUUCGGAAAAUAAGUAACAGAACCCACCGCCCACCCUUCUCCCCAAGAUCGUCAAUAUGCCAAGCAGUAAGGGUUAUUCGUACAAGAGCAACAGCCAGCAAAAUACUCACUGCGGGGGGAAUAAAAAGGGUAACUACUCCUGCGCUCGCGACUACGGAAACAGCAGCAGCAGCAGCUCUGCGAACCCGAACUCAUACCAGUAUCCCAGCGCGUGAGUGUCAAUCAUUCUUACUGUUGAUCAUCCUCACCCAGUCUUCGAUCCAAGAUCUGGGGAUAAGCGGCUCAAUUCACUACUCAACCCCCAAGAGUGAGAGGUAUGAAAACGACGGCAACGGCGGUUCACCGUACACCUCGGCCAGCGGAUACCGAACAUGCUCCGGGUACGGCAAAAAGUAA